GCAUCAUCAAAUCGAUUACCUUCAUGACCCUGUACAUGAACGCCAUGUGGUGGCCCCCGAACCGGACCUUCGGUGGCUUCCUGAAUCAAACCGUCUUCCUGAUGCUGUCUGCCAGUACCGGGUUCAACUUUGUGAUGGCUUCCCUGACGGGACCCAAGUUCCUACCACUGCAGUGGCGCCCCAAAAAUCCCGAAGACGAACAAUUCCUACAGUACUGUGCGACGUGCGAGGGCUUCAAGGCUCCACGGUCGCAUCACUGCCGCAAGUGCGAUCGCUGCGUGAUCAAGAUGGAUCACCACUGCCCGUGGAUCAACCACUGCGUCGGCUGGGGUAAUCAUGCGUACUUCACGUGCUUCCUUGCGUUCGCCGUCGUGGGAUGCCUCCACGCAACGGUGAUCCUGUGCGGAUCCUUAUACGCCGGGCUGCACCGCGAUUGGUACGUCUACUACGGGCAGUACUCGAAGGCGACGGUGUACCUGAGUCUGUGGAGUCUAGUCCUAGGGGUGUUCAACGUAGGGCUGGCUAUCGGCGUGGUCAUUGCCGUGGGUAUGCUGCUGUUUUUCCAGGUUCGGGCCAUUGUGAACAAUCGAACCGGGAUCGAGGAUUGGAUCCUGGAGAAGGCCAGGCAUCUGCGGGAGGGAACCGAGGAUAACUUCCAGUAUCCGUACGACUUGGGCAAGUGGAAGAAUAUCCGGCAGGUGGCCAGCUGGACUUGCGCUCCGAUUGGAAAUGGGGUCGAGUGGGCCGUUGCGGAAGGAUGCGAUCAGUUUACGUUGACGCGUGAGCAACUACUACAGAAAUCGGCGAAGCGGGCUCGGACGCGAACUUACACUAUUCUUAAACCGGUCUCAGGAAGUUGGGUCCCUCUGUGGUCUCAGGGAUGUCGUGUUUGCCUUAGUCCUCCUUUGACGGAUGAAGCCCGCAUCAAGUUGGACGUUGGAGAUACAGUACGGGUUACAAGAUGGCGGAAACAUUGGCUCUUUGGCGAGAAGAUAUUCGAUGAACCCGAGGAGCCCAGGAACGGCACCAAAAAAGACAAGAAGAGAAAACAACAGUCUGAACCGCUACCGGAAGCGCACAAGCCACCCCGGAUACGGGGAUGGUUCCCGCGGCAGUGUGCCGUCGAACUAGUCGAAGAUGAAGAUGAGGCUGAGCAGCAGCAGCACUUCAACGAGAAGAAGAAGCAUAAAUAGGUUAGAGAGGCAGAAGGCAAACAAAAUUAUCUUGGGUUGCUUUUGACAAAGUUUUAUGUGUCAUUUGACUACUAUAGCUGCUUCGGUCCAACCGACAAUGAAAGUUUUACGAAGAAGUAUUUUCUGUGUAGGAACACAAAGCGAAGCUCGUACUAAACUGCUAUUCCUUUUUUUACAGUAACGGAAAUAAAUGUGUAGCUAUUUGUCUAAAAUGA